CAACGCUGUGCACAGCUGUUUGGCCCAAAACAAAUUGCAAAUAUUCGCAAAGUACUUUGUUAGAGACUCGAAAAGCAAAUGCGCAUGCAGCGUUUAAGUAAUUGGGAGGCUGAACUACAGCAGCAGCACAAACGGCAUCGCUUUGAGCUUUGACGAAACUAACUGCCUGGAAACAACGCUGGCAAUGAUGCCGAUGCCCAUGUCCGCAUACGCAUACGAUGUGGCCAGCCGCACUCACACGAUUGCUAAGACGACGCAUUAUUUAUAUAAUUCUAGUACUGCUAGCUAUUCUUUACAUAUUCGGCAACCUCUUUGAUCAGAAGGGAGCCUUUAGUGCGCUGCAUUAUGAUGAGUAUAAACCACAACGGACACGACCGCUACUAUGGAAGCAACAACUGUUGCCUCCCGAAGAACAUCUCAAUCGCACGAAAGAUCCGGACUUACGUUGUCGAAACUCGGUGCAGGGACGGAAGCUGCUGGCGGAUGAGCGAGGCUUCGUAUGCUUACGCGAGCAGAUGCUUGUCAAUGGCUGCUGUAACGUGGAGUUGGCCGGCAUUAGCUAUUAUAGCUGCUACAGUUGCAAUACCACAUCGCACUGUUGCGGCGUCUAUGAGUACUGUGUCUCCUGCUGCCUCCAUCCGAACAAGCGAUCCCUGCUGGAGCAAGUGCUGCAGGCGCAAGAUACACAGAAAUAUAUCUAUGCCAGCGUUGUGGAUCACUUUGAGCUGUGCCUGGUCAAGUGCCGCACCAACUCACAUUCUGUCGAGCACGAGAACAAGUACCGCAAUGAGGCAGCCAAAUACUGCUAUGGCACCACCGAAGCGCACGAGUCGCAGCGCGAGGUGGCACCCAGGGGUGGUCAGGGUUAGUCAUAGGCUACAAAGAUCGUUUGCAAUAUCUGUCAAGUUUCAGUAGAAUGUUAUAAGCAUAAAGUUGCAUUAAUUAACUGUAAACGUUAUGGACAAUUUCUUCGAUUGUCUAAAUUAAGUGCAAAUAGGUCAGAUUAAUUACAUGAUUAAGUGGCACUGCGACAAUUAGUUUUUAGUAAAAUUCGCCAUGAUGGGAGCAAUAUAAAGCAGGUUGAGGCGUCUGCAGACCGAUUAAUGCUCGAUUUUUCAUUUUUUUUUCUCAGGUUUAUGACAUAAUUUAUAUCUUUAGUUGCCAAGUACAAG